AUGGCCAACCUGGCAAAUAAGGCGCUAUGCUCAGCAUCGAGAGCUGCCGCACACAUCUCGCCCGACGCCGUUGCGGCCCAGACGAUUCCGGCUUCACUACGAGCUGCCCGCGCAAGCAAUCCUCAGAACCCUUCAGAUGAUGCUAGUCGGCUUAGAAGCAAGACCACAGUCAACCGUCGACAGCCAUAUUUGGCCGCAAGAGCGCGCGCGACACUGCAUCCCGUACUGCCUUGGCGAUGCGGAGCCCGCGGGGUAUCUCGCGACACCCUCGUGAGCCUGCCUCCGAGAAGCAGAUAUGCCCAGCUGGCUGCUGGACGAGACUUCCAUACGUAUUUCAUCACCCAUCUUCCGUCUUCCUCCCUACAUCCAGACUCCGGGCGAUUUCAUGGGCCCGGCCACAAGCUGCCGCGCGAGGCCUCGGAGCCGCAUACGCCCAGCCCCGGAUCUGCGCCAGCUGUGUCGAUACCAAACAUGCCCAGUCGAGACAUGACAGUCGUGCGAAUCCCCUUGAAGCGAGCCAAGCACCACUUUGGCACUGCCACUGCCCGAGGAAAUCGACCCUACAAUGAAGACGCAGACCAGGCAGGGAUAGUGAACAUGCCUGCUUUUGCAAAGAGGGCACCGACAAGCGUGAAGCAGAAGCCAGGGGAGCCAACAGUGGCGGGCACUGCCCUCGGAGACCCCCAGAUAUUCUACUUUGGGGUCUUCGAUGGGCACGGAGGAGCUCAAUGUUCCCAUUUCUUGCGUGAUGAGCUACAUGGGUAUAUUGAAGAAGCAGCGGCGGAAUUUGGCUUGCAGAGCAGCUUGCGCAAAAAGAACCCUUGGGAGGUCUCCAGCCGGCUGGUGACUCGCAAACAAGCUCUUGAUGAUGUAGACAUGAAGAGACCUCAUGAGGUGAAGGAGGAUAUCAAGCUGCCAAGUCGCGAGGGUGACGAAGGAAUCGUCAAAGCCCCGCGCCAUGGAGAUCCCCUUCCUAGUGCCAAGUCGGAGCCGGUUGAGGUAUCAGAUUAUAAAAAGGCCAUCAGUCUGAAGAAGGACCUUGUGCAGGACUAUAGGGCCUCGAUUGGAGGAUACUUUCGCCGUUUUCAACCAGAACACUUUAAUCACGCUGAUGACGGUGACAGCGGCACCAUCUCGAUUGAAGAAGCCCUCGAAUACGCUUUUCUCCGCGCUGAUUUGGACUUCGUUGCCGCUCAAGCCCGAAAAGCCGAUCCGGAUGACUCGAGAGGAGGCUCUACUGCAUCGAUUGUGCUCAUCUCAACGCCUACGCCCGCGCCAUUUUGGCAUCCCGGUGCGCAUUCUUCGAUUAUUGUGGCACAUGUGGGCGAUACCCGUGUGCUACUGUGCGAUACUGCGACCGGUCUCGCCCAGCCCCUGACUUCAGAUCACCAUCCCACCACACCAGGCGAGAGCAGACGUUUGCGUAGGUACGCUCCGGCUGGCUCCAUGGUUUCUAACGAUAGCUUCGGAGAGGAACGCAUUGCAGGUCUAGCCAACAGCCGGGCUUUCGGUGACAUCAAGAGCAAGCGCAUAGGCGUCUCUGCAGAGCCAGAAAUCACAAGGGUAGAGCUCGGCCCCGCCCAGUACUCCUUCAUAGUCCUCAUGAGCGACGGCGUCUCUGGCACGCUGAGCGACCAAGAGAUUGUGGACGUCAUCAAGGAGGCCAAGACCCCUGAGGAGGGCGCGCGCCGCGUUGUCGACUACGCAACGGAAGUUUCUGACGAUGGCGACAAUGCGACAUGCCAGGUCGUGCGGCUAGGUGGCUGGGAGCGUCGUUCUGAAGGUGGCCUGGGUAGUCUGGGGACCAAGGAGUUCAGAGAUGCCCGACGUGCAGAGGCGCAAGACCCGCGACGACGACGCGGGAAGCUGUAA